AUGACAGCGUCACAGAGAAGUGGGAAGGGGAGAUCGGAAGAGGACUCUGCUGCGGCGACGGAGGUCGUAUUAGGGAGAGAGCAUGCGGAAGAGGGAGAACAGAGGGCCGCAGACGACGAUGGUGUGAGAGAUCGGAAGGGGAAGUCGGAAGGGGACUGUGCUGCGGCGACGGAGGGUGUAUUAGGUAGAGAGCGGGGGUAUUCAACGAAAGCGAUGGCAGCGUAACUGAGAGGUGGGAAGGGGACUGUGCUGCGGCGACGGAGGGUGUAUUAGGGAGAGAGCAUGCGGAAGAGGGAGAACAGAGGGCCGUAGACGACGAUGGUGUGAGUGCCGGACAAUUGGCAUGAGACGACGGCAGUAGGUAGGGGGUCAAGGAGGCAAAAGGGGUUGGUGGAGAACGGGCGCGGCACAAGGGGACGGCGCCGUCGAGAGCCAAAACGGGGGCGGGGUUAAUGCGAGGUACGGGAGGCGUGUGACUGGCAAGAAACAAGUAUCAAAACCGCAGAUACCAUUCGCCCGUCCGUACCACCCCAAAGGUUAAGUAUGCCGCGCCGACAGCCGCCACUCUUCACGCAAUCAGCACAACAGCCAGUUGUUAUCGUGUGUCAUUCUCGGUAACCUUUUGCUUCCGCCUCUGUGUUUCGCAAUUUUCCGCGCUUGCAGACUCUACCCUUCUUCCUUUGCUGGCAAACCUUUUCGUGCGAACGAAACGUUUGAAACGUUUAACACCUCUAUUCUUACCAAUAAAGACUCUUACUACACUGUACCGUACAU